CCGCCCCCGCCUAUAUCUGGGGCUGAGCGGCAGCGCGGCUGCAGUGGUGCUCGUCCGGUAUCUGCGUCCGCGGCCGCGAUGGUCGAGGCUUUCUGUGCGACGUGGAAGCUGGUGGACAGCCAAAAUUUCGAUGAGUACAUGAAGGCGCUGGGAGUGGGGUUCGCUACUCGGCAGGUGGGGAAUGUGACCAAACCCACUGUGAUUAUCAGCAGCGAGGGGGACAAAGUAGUGAUCAGGACUCAGAGUACUUUCAAAAAUACAGAAAUCAGCUUUAAACUUGGAGAGGAAUUUGAUGAAACUACCCCAGAUGACAGAAACUGCAAAUCAGUUGUGACCCUGGAUGGAGACAAGCUAGUGCAUGUACAGAAAUGGGAUGGCAAAGAGACAAACUUUGUUAGAGAAAUAAAGGAUGGCAAAAUGGUUAUGACUCUCACCUUUGGUGAUGUGGUUGCUGUUCGCCACUAUGAGAAAGCGUAGAGUUUACCUCACCUCUGUCUGUAUGUUACUAAUGCUGGAUGGAUUAAUGUACUGUCCAUAACUGAACAUAGCUAAAAUGCACAUUUCUGGCAUGAAAGGUUAAUAAAAGGGUUGGGGAGUGGGGUUUUUUUUAGAAAAGAACUUUUAUGCCAUCAAAUUGGCAAGCAUGUUUUGUAAAGUGCAACCAGUUAAACUUUGCAUUAAAUCUCUGAAACAAU